AUGGCAUCAACAGGAAAAAAUUUUGCCUCCGCGCAGAGUGUACCGAAGAGAAUGGAUUUCGAUAGCGCUUUACAGCACGUCGGAGAAUUUGGCCGCCAUCAGAAACGAAUUUACUUUUUGGUGAGCUUCAUCUCGCUUCCUCUUAGUGCUCAGAUGCUAAUUGUAGUUUUUGUUGGUGCGAUUCCGGAAUGGAAAUGUCCAUCUCCUGACGGCGACAUUCUUCACUGCAAUUCAACCAGUGCGCGUUGUUGUGGAGAAGAUGGCGCAAUUUGCCGAGGCGCAAAGUUUCCUUCAGAUUUUACGUCCAUUGCAACAGAAUGGAACUUAGCCUGCUCUCAACGCUAUAAAUGUGAGCUAAGUCAGUCGAUCUUUGUGGCAGGAUACAUGUUUGGGGUUCUUAUUUUUGGUAUUUUGUCCGACAAGUAUGGUCGACGGAAGCCAUGGUUGUUUGCGUAUAUAGUUGGAGGUGUUUUAGCCCUCAUAUCUGCCACUGUCGACUCUUACGAGGAGUACAUCGUGUUACGAUUCGCGAUGGGGCUAUUGAACGGCGGGGGAGGCCUCAUAACUUAUGUGUUGUCCACAGAAUCAAUCGGCCCCUCGUAUCGCGGUAAGAGAUGUAAUAUUUAUUAUUGUUAAUACUAUUAUUAUAAUUAUUAUUAUUUCUGUUAUUUUAAAAAUUGUCACCAUCAUUUUACAAAUAGAAGUGGGGAAAUUACUGAAUUUUAUUUUUGCGGUAUGUUUUUUCCCAGUGUUGUCUGAUCGAUUCUUCCGCUCUGGAUUUGACAUCUUAUUGGCCAGUGUGGUGUGACUUUUCUAAAUCAAUCAUGUGACAAGAGUUGGUUAAAACUUAUCACCUUUUUUUUUUUUUUUUUCCCAGGAACUGCAGGUACAUGGCAGCAGGCCUUCUCUGCUGUUGGUUAUGUCUUUCUGGCAAUAGAAGCUUACUUCAUCCGCAAUUGGCGCACUUUGACAGUUAUUUCAAUUUUUCCCUCAUUUGUGGUGUUACUGGUUUUCAAAUCAAUUCCUGAAUCUCCAAGAUGGCUUGCCUCACAAGGAAAAAUAAAAGAAGCAGAACAAAUUCUAAGGAAAAUUGAGAAAGAAAAUGGCUUCCUGAAGAACGAAGUGGUAUUUCUGAAAACAGAUGCCAAGGGAAACACGGAAUCUUCUCAGUAUGGAAUGAUAGACUUAUUUACUCACAAGUCUGUAUGUGUUGUGAUAGUUAUCAUGAUGCUGAUAUGGUGUGUGAACAGUAUGGUGUAUUAUGGACUGGCAUUGAAUGUGAAAAACCUUGGGGGAAAUCUGUACAUCAACUUCUCUCUGGCUAGCUUGAUUGAGCUGCCUUCCUAUUUUGUCACUCAAUUUUUACUGGCUAAACUUGGUCGCAGAAAAGGCUUAUUUUGUCUUCUACUAGGUGCAAGUGUUGCAUGCUUCUUGUGUAUGUUCCUACAACUACAAGGUGGGCAGAAUGUGGCGGUAAUUUCUAUUGCAGCAUUAAUUGGCCGGUUCUUUAUCUCUGCAUCAUUUGCCGUUCUGUACGUUUACUCUGCUGAACUUUUCCCUACAGUUGUGCGUAAUGUAGGUAUGGGGAUUUCAAGUCUUUCAGCGCGAUUGGGUGGAAUGGUAGCACCCUUUAUAGUCCUAAUAGGGGAUGAAAGUGCACCUUUCCCAAUGUUUGUUUUUGCUUGUACAGCAUUGUUUGCUGCAGUGACCGGCUUGAGACUGCAUGAGACACAGGGAAGGCCAAUGCCAGAGACAUUUGAGGAGCUUGAUGAAAACUAUUUAAGGAAACAAAAGACAAAUGGUGACCAUAAGGGAGCUGAUAGCUUGCUUUAA